GCACAGAAUAACAGAAGAAGUAACAUAAGCUUCCCAAAACAACACGCGAAUUACGCGUGCCAUGGCAAAGAAAUAGGGUAAAGUAGAAUCCGGGCCAUUGAUGGUAAAGUAGGAUAGUCCUCGUAGAGCGAUUAUAUAUUUCUUCUCCUGGAGGCGUGAUAUCGCAAACCAUGGUGUGCUGUCGGAUUCCCAGAAGUUUCCUGAGUAGUGCCUGGGGCUUUGCUCCUCUGCUGGCCGCUGCGCUGCUCAGCCUGUUGCUCGCAGGGACGCAACUAACCACAGCCUUCCCCUCCUGGAGGUUAGAGGAAGAAGCUCACACCACUGUGUUGCUCAUCGGGAUCCACAAAGAGGCCCGGUCACAAGUGCUUCACCUUUCCAGGAACAAGCGCUACACCCUCACCCCGGAGCAGCUCAAAUGGGACAAAUUCAAGCUAACAUAUAAGUUGCUCUCCUUCCCUACAAACUUGAUAAAUGCCAGUGACACACGUCGAGGCAUUGCCAAGGCUUUUGGCAUGUGGAGUGACAUCUCGCCGUUCACAUUCAGAGAGGUGCCAGCUGACCAAGAGGCAGACAUUAAGAUCGGCUUCUACCCAGUCAACCACACUGACUGUUUGCAGUCCUACUUGCACCAUUGUUUCGACGGCAUCACAGGAGAAUUAGCUCAUGCAUUCUUCCCGCCAACAGGCGAGAUCCACUUUGAUGACCACGAAUACUGGAGUCUUGGAAACAUGCGCUUCAGCUGGAAGAAAGGGGUUUGGCUAACAGAUCUUGUCCAUGUGGCAACUCAUGAAAUCGGUCAUGUCCUUGGACUCAUGCACUCCAUGGAUCCAAAUGCUAUAAUGCACCUAAAUGCAACACUGACAGGGCGCAAGCUAAUCACACAGGAUGAGGUGUGGGGUUUGCACCGUCUAUAUGGAUGUUUGGACCGGUUAUUUAUCUGUCCUGCCUGGGCUCGGAAAGGCUAUUGCGACAGCAAGCGCAGGCUAAUGCAGAAGCACUGCCCUUCCAGCUGUGAUUUCUGUUACGAAUUCCCUUUUCCCACCGUAGCACCAACCCCGACUCCCCCAAGGACCAAACACAAACUGGUCAUCGAGGGCAAAAAGCUUACUUUUCGUUGCGGGAAGAAAAUUGCAUCGAGGAAAGGCAAAGUAUACUGGUACAAAGACGGGGAGCUGCUGGAGUUCUCUCAUCCAAACUACAUCUCCCUGAAAAAUGACCACAUCACUAUAGUGGCCAACGCCAUCAAUGAAGGCACGUACACCUGCAUCGUGAGAAAAAAAGACAAAGUUCUUACUAACUACUCAUGGAGGGUACGCGUACGCUUCUGAAGUUCCCUUCACGCCGAGCAGGACACUAGGGCACAUUUUUUUUUUGGUCUUGUAUCAUCCACAUAAAACUGUCUGUUGACUGUUAUUUUAAAAUGCAUUUCUGUAUGUGCAAAUAAUAAACGCUCCUUGACAGGUGGUAUUAAUGUGGAAAAUACUACUUGACUGUGAAAAGCUGUUCAUGGCAGGCGCUAAGGUUUAUAUUUUAUGUGGUGAUGAAGUCUGAGCAGGCUUUGUCAGCUGUUUGAGACUUUUACAUCUCUGGAUUCAUUCAGCCAGGACUUCUUCUAAGCUCCUGAGGCAAAGGGAUUAAUGAGGUCCGAGGCCACACACGAGAUCUUAAGAGAACCUUUAAAAAAAAUGGAGUUUAACUAGUUGCAGUGUUAUAACCCACUUUUAUGUUUAGUCUAUGUUUAAACUCAUUCAUACAGGUCAAACUAAUUUACUGCCACUGGAAAAUUGACUGGGGGUUUCAACAAAAAUAAUCCCUGUGGAAAACUUGUCAUCCAAAAAAAAUAUCCAUGUUUCUCAUGUGCUUCUUUUUAUGGUUCUGAAAGUCACAGAAGUACUUGCAUAAAAUUCUUGCCAUUUUAAUAAUUUACUUGCUGAUCAAAACUAAGCUACUAAAGCCAGAAUAAGCAAUAUUGUCUACAGCCUUUGGAGCUAUUUGGACCAAAAACAGCACAUGGAGCACCUCAGACGUCUAGCUUACUUUACUAGCUUCACAGUGAAGCCAGCAGUCUGCUUCCAGAUACCGGGCAGUCAGUUCCACCAGCAGCUCUCUUUCCAAGCUUAUUCAACACAUCAGGUGUAAUAAUCUGUAGAAGGGGCUCCGGCGGGGGCAGGGGACAGAUAAAAUUAAUGAAAAUUUCCAUUUAGUGCCAGCUAUAGAAGCCCCAGGACCAGAGGAUUUUUCUGUGUCUGAUGCAGUUAAAGUACUGUGCAGUCUAGCAGGGUCUUAAGCUGUACUGUUUAUUUUUUUUUGGCGCGCAAUGAGAGGAUUUUUGGUUUAAUUCCGAUGUUGUUAAGCCGUUUAAAAACAAAGGCAGAGCAAAAUCGGGGCCUCGUUUCCCCAGAAAGAACAAAGUACUAAGACAAAAAGUGCAGCGUAAAGAAUGACAUCACUUUUGGACAGCGACUAUGGAGUGGAGUUCAAUGCUGGAUUUCUUCUAGGCU